AUGGCGAUCCAAUUGUAGGUUAACUUCGAUGUUGUGUUAAUAUUUAGGCUGUAUUGGGUCUACCUUAAUAUUGUUUGUUUAGGAAAGAGGUUUCUCUGGAUACUGUGAUGGAAGCUGAACCGACGACUAACGGACAAGAAAAGUGAGUUUUUUUGGGUAUUUUUUCAUGAUUUUCAUUAAUUUAGGUAACAAAUUUCUAUAAUUGAACUUUUAAAGCUAUUUUUUUUGUGUAAGGGUUGCUGAACAAUAUAAAUUUUUAAAACUAUAUUACCUUUCACAAAGCUUGGAUUAAUUUUUACUUUAAAUUUUACUUUUAGUGGCUCACCGUCAGAGCCUCUACAAUCUCAACCUCAACCGCUGUCACAAGUCCCAGCGCAACAACCUCAACCUUUGUCCCAAGUCCCACAACAACCAUUCAGGCCAAGGUUUCCGAAUCACCGAUCCUUCUUCCCAGCCCCAGGUGGGCCGAGGCCGUAUGGAAAUGUUGCUCCUUAUGGCUUCAGGCCGUUAAUGAAUGCUCCACCGCCUCGGCCAAGUCCUGCUGACCAAGCUGAACGAUUAAAGAGGGUAAGGGUUUCGUUUUUAUUGUUUUUGUUUUAGGUAAAUAAGGUGUUUAAUGGAUGUUUUUGAUGUUGUUAUUAGACCUGUUGAUUCUAAAGCUUUCUUAAGAUGGGUUUUUGCUUCCUCGAUCUAAAUUAAAUCAUUUUAGUUUGCUGGAGUGCCACAGGAUAAGGAAUUAUGGGUGGAAACGAAGGCAUCUGAUGGAAGAUCUUACUUUUACCACGCUAUAACGAGGGAGACAGUAUGGGAAAAGCCAGAAGAUGCUGUAGUAAUGGAACAGGCCGAACUUCAAGCAUUGAUCGAAAAAGGUCAGAAAGAAGAGAAAGAACAACAGGCUAAGCAAGGUAAGCUCUAAUAAUGUUGUUUUAGGUCUUAAGAGCAUUUUAUUCUAUUGCGCUUGAUUAUACGUAUCUCAUGGAUGUCGGUAAAGGUUUUCUUUUGUCAGAAUUCACAGUACGUUGCACUACAAUUAAUUUUUGUUUGUAUUGUAAUUGCUUAUGUUGGGGAUAAUGUUAUUUUAAGCGUUGGAAAAUUACUUGUAAAAAUAUUUAAGUUUUAAAAAUUCUGUAUAUCUUUGGUGCAAAAUUUUGUUUUGUAAUGUCUUUUUCAGCAAAGGUAAGCAAAAAUUACUAUAAAAUAUUAAAAACAAAUAAAAAAUUAAUAGUAAGAGUUAGGAAUGUCAGUAUCUAUAACAGUAGGUAUUUUAAUGUAUUUGGGACUAAUUCUAACGUUUUCCGCGUCCUUAGGUUUAUAUUGGACACACGAUAUCAGAUGGCUCGUUAGAAGGAUCAAGAAGAUGCUCACCCACUCUUAUUACUGUAAAUGUAAAUUAGCUUGAAUAGUGCGGGAAAAGUGCGUUAUAUUAAUGUAUUUCGGGAAGGAUGUUUUGUAAAACUAAGUCAUAAACUACAAAAAUGAAUAUUGGUUUUUUUCCAGUUGAAGAUAAAUAAUAUAACUCACUUUUUCUGGUCAUUAUGUCAUAUAAAACUUGAUAUAAACUAGUUUUUAAAGAUUUUUUACAUAAUAUAUAUAUUUUUAGGAUAUCCACCAAAUUUCAAUCCCCAAUUUGGAAACGGUUUUCCUCCCGGAAAUUUCCCGCCCAGACCCGAAAAUCCUUGGCAAGAAUAUACAACGCCAGAAGGCAAAAAGUACUAUCAUAACCCGGUAACACAAGAAACAACAUGGACUAAACCAGAAGGAUUUAAAGAAAAUGAGCCUAAACGUAAGUUUUUGAUUGUUUUAAUUGACUUUUAGGUAAUAUCAUGGUUUAAAACUCUUAGUUAUAAUUUACAACGGCAUCUUUAAUAAUUUUUAAUUUUAGCCGCCGCGGCCCCACAGAAGCUUUUUCCACCCGCCGGUUCGAACGCGAAUGCCAUGCCCAUCAACGCUAAUCCAGGCAUGUUCAACCCCGGUUUCGGAGCUCCACCUCCAGGCAUGUUUGGUCCAAGACCUCCAUUUGGAGGACCAUUCGGGGCACCAUUCGGUGGUCCACCAGGAAUGCCUCGGUUACCCAUGCCCGGUAUGCCAAUACCAGGCCAAGGUAUGCCACCAGGCAUGGGCCCCAUGCCCGGUCAAGGACUAGCACCAGUAAUGGGUCAGGUAGCACCAAUGCAAGCUGCCCCAAAACAGGCUGGCGACAACGACAAAGGCCGACCAAUCUCGUCUAGUGCCGUACCCGGAACUCCAUGGUGCGUUGUUUGGACUAGCGAUAAACGCGUUUUCUUCUUUAAUCCAUCAACCAGAGUCUCAGUGUGGGAAAGGCCACCUGAACUCUACAACCGGUCGGAUGUGGAUGCGUUAGUGGCCAAAUGUCCAGAUCAAAAACGAAAACAGGAGUCAGAUGAGGAUUCGGAUACCGAAAAUAACAUACAAAUGCACGAAGAUGAUGAUGACAACGAUAGUGAUAACUCGGAUGGUUCAGAACCGGUCAAGAAGAAGAGUCGAAAGGAGAAAAAGUGAGUUUUUAAAAAUUUAGUGAUUUUUGAGAUUUAACAGCUAAAAUGGGCUUUUUAAAAUAAAAAUGAAUGUUGAGAAUUCAAGCUAACAUAUAGAAAGUAUAUUUCCAGAGCCCAAAAGAUUGCCGAAGAAAAACGUCGUCUAGAAGAGCAAAAGAAACAAGAACAACAAAAGCGAAAGCCGGUGGAAAAGGAAGAAGAUCCAGCAAUAAAGGCAGAAAUUGAAGCCAGAGAAAAAAGAGCUGCAAUCCCAUUGGAAGAGCGGAUACAAAUGUUUAGAAAGCUACUGGAAGAAAAAGAAGUCAGUGCAUCAUCAACGUAUCAAAGAGAGUUGUCUAAAAUCAUCUACGACCCAAGAUACUUGUUAUUGGCUGUAGAUGAACGUAAAGCCGCAUUUGAAGCGUAUACAAAAGAAAAGGUUGAAAUCGAGAGAGCGGAAAAGAAAAAGAAGGCAAAAGAAGCAAAGGAACAGUUUAAGUUGUUGUUGGACGAAUCAGAAUUGCAUGGAAAGUAAGUUUUUUCAAUUUUUUUACAUUUCUUGAGGUUUUAGGUAACACAUGAGGAUAUUUUUUUGAAUUUCAUGUUAGCAAUUCAGCUUUCAGUUUUUUGAACAAAUUAUUUUAUAUUUUGUUUUUUAAGAUCAACAUUCACAUCGUUCUCAUCGAAGCACGGCAAGGACGACCGUUUCAAAGCGGUCGAAAAAAUGCGCGACCGCGAGGAAAUGUUCAAAGACUUUGUAGCAGAAAUUUAUAAAAAAGAAAAGGAGGAAAAGCGAAAGGAACGAGAUAUAGCCAAAGAAAAGUUCAAGGAACUUCUGAAGGAACAAACCGAUCUACACAGAAAGUCACGAUGGUCUCACGUAAAAAGGAAGAUCGAUUCAGAUGAAAGAUAUAAGCAUAAAUAUCUGGAUAGUGCGUUAAGAGAAGACUUGUUCAGAGAUUACGUUGCUACGUUAGGUGAUAAUGAGGUUGAGGUAGGUGUUUGGAGAUUUGAAUUAAAUCGGCAUUGAAGAUUCUUCUUUAAACGUCAGGAUUUUUUGUUUUUAAAAUAAGGUUUUAAAACUAAAGUUUUAAUUUUCAGCUGGAAGAAGGCGAAACACCAGAUGACGGUGACAACAACGAACUGUCGGCUACAGAAAAAGCCCUAGAAGAACGAAAGAAGGCCGUAGCCGAAGAAAUGGGAGAACACAUGAAGGAACGAACGAAAGAAAGCGAACGUCACAAACACAACGAACAAGAACAACUAUUCCAAAACAUGCUUAUUGAUAUCAUCAAGAACCCUGAUCUCUCAUACCACGAUGGUCGCAAACUCCUAAAGAAGGACUCACGGUACGAAGAGCUGGAUCUACUAGAGAAAUCGACCAAAGAACGCUUGUUUGCCGACCAUACUCACAACUUGGAGCGAAAACGAAGAGAACAAUUCUUCCAAUUGCUAGCUGAAAAGGAAGAUAUUACAUAUAGGACGAAGUGGAGAGACGCCAGAAAGAUUCUGGAGACGGAUGAAAGGUACGAAAAGGUGAUAUCAAGUGAGAGACGAGCUGAAAGAGAGUUUAACGAUUGGGCACUACGACAGAAGGACAAGAUAUACGAAGAGUUUGAUGCGCUGUUAAGGGAAACUAAAAUCAUCACUUAUCAGUCACAGAAAAUGAUACAGGAAAAUGAGCAGCAUCUCAAAGAUAUACUGGCUGUUUUGGAGGUAAGGAUUUGGAUUUUGCUUAGGAUUUGGACAGUUUUGUAUUUUUAGUAUAAAAUCAUUUUGACGAAACAAAAAAUAAAAUUUUUUGGAUAUUAUGACAUUAUAACGACCUUUUUUAGAACGACAAACGAUACUUAAUCCUGAAUGAGGAGCCGGACAAACGAGAACGAUUGCUCGAAAAGUAUUUGACAGAGCUAGACCGAAAAGGCCCUCCACCCCCACCGACGGCUACUGACGGUGAUCGCCGAAACCGCAAAUGA